AUGACCAUAUAUUCUUAUACGUCUUUUAUGUCUUCUCCUGUCAGCGUCCACGUAGCCGAAAGGAUAACGUGUGCGGUUGUGGGACCACCGGGGGAAUGGAAAGGACGAGUUCGAUUCCCCCGGUGGUCUUUGAUUGAUGACCCUAAACCCUCUCUUCUCCACGUCAUCCGGUCACCGGACCUUCUUCACCUCCAGAUGUCCAUAUAUUCUUAUACGUCUUCAAUGUCUUCACAUGCCAGCGUCCCCGUAGCCGAAAUGAUAACAUGUGCGGUUGUGGGACCACCGUAG